AGGACCCAAGCAUGGAUGUCAGCGCAUUGUUCAAGGCCAGCGUGAAGACGGUGAAUUUACGCAACAAGGAGCUCGGUACUGUGACCAGUGCGAAGGAUCCUCUGAGAAGGAGCAGAGUCAAGAGUUCCUUUUACGUCAAGGCGCACGACGUGGUCGUGCAGAUUUCCAGGCUGCGGGAGUUCUUGUUGAAGAGUCGGAAGGUCUACCUGGACUUUCACAACCAUCUGUGCACGGCGUCGCACAUGACGGACGCGGAACGCGACGAGAUCGACGCCGGGGCGCAAAACAUCAUGGGCAUUUGUUCGCAGCUCGUCAAGGAUCUCAAGAGGGAGGUGGCGGCGAGCGAGCAGGUCUCCCAGCAGAACAUCGAGCACCGUGAGAUCAUGCUGUUGAUGAUCGAGGAUUACCUGAAGGACGUCUGCAAGAUAUAUUCGGAGCAGAAAGCGAUGCGUGUGAAGAGGGCCAUGGAGAUGCGGAAGAUCAUCAGGCUACAGUCGGCAGACACCGUCGUCGAGCAGACGUCUACAACGGAGGUCAGAAAGUCGUCCCUGAACGUGACGCAGAAGUCCGCGGACGAGCAUGUAGAUGGCAAGAACGACUCGAGCGAGUCGAGCCCGAUGAAGAUCCAGGAGAUCAACGGGGACGUUAAUACGCUGACGUACGAGGAGGAGCCGUCACCCGAGGACAUCCAGAUGUUCCACUCGGAGAACGAGCAGCUGUACAGUGAGCUGAACACCUUGACGGAGGAGGUCAAGCAGAUCGAGAGCAAAGUCGUCCACAUCGCCGAACUGCAAGAGAUCUUCACGGAGAAGAUCCUUGACCAGGACAAGGAUCUGGAUAGGCUGAUGACCACGGUGGUCGGGUCUACGGAGAACGUGAAAGAGGCCAACGAGCAGAUCCGGCAGGCGAUUCAACGGAACGCUGGGCUCAGAGUGUGGAUCCUCUUCUUCCUGUUGGUGAUGUCGUUCUCUUUGUUGUUUCUCGAUUGGUACAACCCGUAAAUCAAGUCCCCUAAUUAUAAUAAUCAUGGAAAUGAGGAAAAUAGAAUUGUGAGGGGGGGAGGGAGAGAGCAUUUGCUAAAAUAUGAUUGUAUUUUUUCCCUCGGACAUUGUACAUAAUAGAUAUAUAACUUAUAAGGUAUAUAUAUAAUCUAUAUAUAUUUACUUAUAUACAUACAUUAUCGCCUGUCCUGCCCCACUGUUUUACUUUUACAUCAAUAGGAAAUCUACUUCCGUGGGCCAAUGCGAGUCGAGAGAUACAUUGUCUUUCGUAAAAGUACUUUUCGCAGGCGGUAUACCAACUUGUCAAGAUCCUGAUGCAUAUAUAUUUGACGAAUUACUAUUUGCCAAUAAAUAAAUCCGUUCAUUCUGUAUUCACCUUCAAUUUGAAAAAUGCGAAAUACGUGAGAAUGUUUUCACGUUAAAAAUAAAUACUCAACGAAAAAGCGUGUGUCUUCGGUUGUAACAUCAAUGUUGAGAUUCGUCAAAUAUAUCUCUUAUCUCUUCGAUUCCACUCUUCCGAAUGGCUCCUGCGCGCAGAACGCUGCAGCAAGAGUCUCGCGUUCUGUGCGCGGAAGUCGUAAUGAACAACACGUUUUAAGAUGUCGCGUACUUCGAAGCUGUGUGUCGGAAGGAAAAGAAGAGAUAUGUCACGAAUCGAUGCGAUUACCAAUCGAAUCGAUACCAAUGUCCCAAACAACGCUAUCGUCACUUAUAUAUAUAUAUAUAUAUAUAUAUGUAUAUGUAUGAGAAGAAGGUAUGGCUAUUUUAUAUCAUAAGGUAGAGAAGCUAUUUAAAGUUACUGCACGUUUUACCUUUCUACCUUUUCUCUCAAAAAUGACUUGAAACGUAAAAAAUAUGAUAUCUGACAACCUUAGAUGGACAUCUAAAAAUUUUAAAUGUCUAUUAUUAUCGCUCAAAUAAUAACAUAAUAUGUAAUAAAUAUUAUAUAUAAUAAUUAGCCAUGCCUCUUCGUACAUAUAUGUAUAUAUAAGGUGUCCUAGUUCUCGCGACUUUUAAUUUUACCGAGAGAUUUUCUGAGCAAUUUAGAAUUAACUCUUCUUUAACGAAAAUACCGAGGAAGGUCACUAUUUAUGACGAUUUUUCAGUCUUCAAUAUAUCUUUUUAACCAAAAGGUUUAAGUAAAAAUUGUAUUAAGUCAAAGUCCGUUUGAAAUAAAUCGGAGAAAAUAAUUUUCC